AAGGGAAGUGGGAACAGGGAAUGGAAUGGGAAUGAAACGUACGUGUAGUGUGGCUGUGUUGUCGACUUGUCGUCCUCGCGUUGCCCUCGCGUGUCGCGACUGAUCCUCGUUAAAAAAAAGGAAUAAACGAUUAAAACCUUGACUAAGAUUAUUUUGAUUGAUCGUGUGGUGCAUUUGUGAAAAGGUGUGAACCCGAAAAUCGUUUUUUCUCGCGAGUGCGAGUGAGGCGUGCCACCAUGAGCGACGAUUGGGAUGAUUGGGAGCAGCAAUGCGUCGCCUCGAUCGAGGCCGAGCCCGACUUCGAACAGCAACAUUACAACAGCAAGGAACACUACACGCACCAAAUCUGGUCUGGGUUUCACUCGACAGCCUCAGCCAUCGCCCAGCUCUACAAAGAUCGCACUCAGGGUGCAUCCCUUUGGCUGCCCUUUCAGACGGCUGCGGGUACGGUUACCUCGUUGUACAAAGAUUCAGUGGAAGGUAUAAAGAGAUGCGGUGAUUUAGGGAUUGAAACGGGGAAGCAAAAACGUAGUAAAGAAAUAAUGAACUGGGCAAGGAAAAAAAGGCGUAUGAUCCGCAGGGAAGACUUGUUGGCAUACCUAGCUGGGAAACCACCUCCGCCAAGGCCACACUCUCACAGAAGUUCUCCAAAACCACGAAUGAUGGUUUGUGGUUCACCUCCUUCUCAAAGUCCAACGGCAAGUAUGGUUGUUUCGCCAACACCUCCACCAGGAAGUGAGCCAGAUCCUGAAUUACACACUUUUAGAGAAGCUAUUGCUCUCGCUGGCUCGCCAAUGGCUCGACGAAUGGGACGACAAUCGGAGCUUUCUGCCUUCAUCAGUAGCGAGUUUGCCCGACAUCACAAACGACCGGCUUCUCACGAUGUCGACAUGGGCUCACCAACACACAAACGAUCGCGUUUCAUGUAACGGUGCGCGAAAUGUAAAGUAGCCCACACACACACACAAACACCUUAUGUUUCCUACUGAUUAUUAGUUAAACAAUUAAUUGCUAACGAUCCAGCCGCGCAACAUGAUUCCCGAGGAGAGUGUUGUUGUUGUUGUUGUUGUUGUUGCUGUGCAAUCAUUCUGCGAGGGUGGAUUAUUUACCAUCCUGAUAACUUACCAAAAGAGCAUGUUCGUCGCCCCUCUAAACCCCCUCCCCCCACCAUCUCAACCCUCCUUUUUUUAGAGUAAUUUCCGCGUCUGUCGCUUCUCAGCAACAUCACCAAAGAAACCCGAAAGCGCUCCAAUUGGCGACGCUCAUCUCCCUGACUAGCGACGCUCAUCGCCACGGCUAGCGACGCUCAUCUUUCCAACUAGCGACGCUCAUCUUCAAAACUAGCGACGCUCAUCCCCAUCUCCCUCGCAUUUUACUCUGCUUCCAAAAAAAGUUUUGCAGAAAUCCACUUUCUCGAUAAAAAUUUUUGCCUUAUCAACGACUUUUUCAGACGAUUCGAAAUAAAUGUGGGUGGGAAUUUUUAUGAUUGAGAGAGGAAGUUUUUAAAAGCAGUGAGCGAGGUAGGGUUGAUGAAUUUCCAGCGUUUUUCUAGACGAGCAACGACUUGGCACUUAAAAGUUAUGGCAUAUGUCCUCACUACAGACACAGUCUUUCUCCCGAUUCGAGAGUUAGGUGUAUAUUUUGUAGCUAUUUUACUAUCCAGGUAGUAUAUAUCGCGAGAGAUGAUGAUGAUGAUGAUGCCGCACGUGUACGAAAGUACCUCUUUGUGAAGAAAAAUCUUUCGUAAUCUAAAUAAUUGUUGUUUUUUUUUUUUUGCUUAUUAUAACAUUGUUAUAUUACGUGAUUCUAGGUAAAUUGAAUAUUUCGAAAUCUUUACGAUUAAAAGGUCUCUUUUUUUAUAAUUAUAUAAGGUUUCUCUUGUUGUCCAAAGGUACAUACAUAGAGUUGAGGGAAAAUGUCGUAGGCAUACACGAAAUUGACG